GCUAUAGUUUAUAUCGAUCCAUGCCUCAACUAAAUACGCAUGUUGUGAGCCGCCAACCUAAAUUGAUGGCACAGUCCUGAUUCCCUUGCGACAACCAUGCAUGAGGUUAUCUAGAGGUUCUCAAUAAUCCCAGGGAAAAUAUCAUCUCCUUUCGCGAGAGAUAUCGUGAGGCCUCGUGCAGCGCUGUGACAUCACUCGGUUAUCGAAGCCUCUCGGUGAGGACGGAUCCACCCGUGUAAACCCGUUUACACACUUGAAGCUAGCCCUGCAUCUUCGAUCUUGUGGAUAUUUGCUUGGGUCAUUCGUUUAAAUCUCGAGUCGUUAUGGCGGUCAAGCUUAUAAACGCGAUCUAUGGAAAGGAGAAGGUCCGGGUAUUUAGGGUCGUGAGAAAUGGGACCGUACAUGAUGUAGCGGAGUAUAACGUCUGCGCUCUGCUGCAGGGCGAAGUUGAAACGAGUUACACUCAAGCUGACAACUCUGUGGUGGUGCCAACUGACACAGUCAAGAAUACGGUUAAUGUUCUUGCUAAGACAUCCCCGCACGUUCUCGAUCCUGUCCUCUUCGCUCUCCACAUUGGUCUACACUUCGUUACGACCUAUUCGCACAUUCACGCCUCUAAAAUAACGAUCGAAAAGCUCAAAUGGUCUCGUAUUACCCUCCCUGGGAAGCCAGAGGGGCAUGAUCAUUCUUUCAUCCGCGAUGGCGAUGAGAAGCGAACUGUAGAGAUCUUCGUUGAUACUUCUGGUGGAAAGAGUGCUCCUACUGCUACCAUCAGCGCUGGACUUAAGGAUUUGCUAGUGUUGAAGUCAUCUGGAUCGGCAUUUGAGAACUUCCACCUUUGCGAAUACACGACCCUUCAACCCGUCUCCGACCGGAUUUUCUCCACGGCUGUUGCGCUACACUACAACUUCGGGAAAAUUACAAAGGGCCUCACCAUUGAGAACCUGGCCGCUCUAGGACAGGAAUACGAUUUUGAACUUGCUGCGAGCAAUGUGAGAGUAGCCACAAUUCAGACGUUCGCGGAGGACGAAAGUGCGAGUGUUCAGGCAACGUUGUACAAAACUGGUGAACUGGUCCUGAAGGAGAAUCCUCACGUAAUAGACAUUACAUAUAAGCUUCCGAACAAACAUUACGUUCCUGUGGACCUUGGCUUCAAGGGACUCAAGAACACGAGUCCUCCGGAAGUGGCGGAAGUAUUCCUUCCUCUAGAAGCGCCAAGCGGUUAUAUUGAGGCCACUAUCGGACGCGAUUGAACCACCCUGCAUGUCAUAACUUAAUUGGGUUCAGCAUCACCACUAUAAACUCCCUUGACUUUUAGUAGAGUAUCCAAAUAAAUACGAAAUGUCAUCCAGCCCAGCACACACAGUAGUUAAGCAGUUAUCGAGCAUGAUCAUGUAUUAGCAGGUUACCACCCCCGAUAUAGAAUCGUGACAAGGCAUGAUUAUAGACGUCAGG